AUGGACGCCCUGAGCAAACUCCAAGCGACCCCAGCGGAGGACAAUGGAAACGGCAGCUUCGUUUUCGUGUCGACAUCCUCGGACCCUUACUUCAACCUCUCAGUCGAGCACUAUCUCCUGACACACUCGGACCAUACCUCGCGCAUUUUGUUCCUAUACGCCAACCGCCCGUGUGUGGUAUUCGGACGGAACCAAAAUCCAUGGGUCGAAUGCAAUCUUCCGGCCAUCAUGGAGGGCCUGCCACCAGUAGUGGGAGAUGGCAAGGACACAUCAGCCGCCAGGGUCCCUAUUGAGAUCGUUCGUCGGCGCUCUGGAGGUGGUACCGUAUUUCACGGCGAGGGGAACCUGAAUUAUUGUGCCAUUGUGCCGAACGACAAAUCCUUUUCGCGACACACGCAUGCCGAGAUGGUCGUCAGGGCUCUGCGAUCGGUUCAGAAACGGCGACCAGGAGCUGCUGAUCAGGAAGUGGAGGUCAAUGAGCGGCAUGAUAUUGUCAUGCGACGCGCCGAUGAUUCUAAUAAGCGAUGGCUCAAGGUCUCGGGAUCUGCAUACAAGCUGCUCCGUGGUCGGGCCUUGCAUCAUGGGACGCUACUUCUGGAUUCGCCUUACCUCGAGCGAAUUUCGGGCUUGCUGAAGGGUAUGGGAAAGGAUUUGAUUACUAUGAAGGGCGUUGGCAGUGUGCGGUCACCUGUUGCAAACCUCUUUCCAUCUGCACUUGGUGGCAGGAGGAAGGGCUCAAGCGCCGAGAGAGACAGUUCCGGCGCUACAGCGGAUCGGCAUGGCGGUGCUGAUAGCAGAGCGGAAUUGCGCGAGGAAGUACAAGAGGCGAUAAUAGCAGAAUGGAAUGCCCUUCACAGCAUUGCUUCAGCAGCAGCUACCGACACUCGAGGUUUUCACCCCACCAGCAGCAUCAUAUCCGACGACGGCGUCUGGGAGGGAGACUUGACAGGGAGCACCGCUCGGCCAACGAGCAUGCCCGGGAAGGAUGGCACCAAAAGCCCACUGGCCACCAUAAGAGAUGGGAUAGCCGAACUUCGCUCAUUGAAUUGGAAGUAUGGUCAGACACCCCGAUUUACGUUCGCAUCGAGCCAGGAGGAAGAGGAUGCGCCCAUCCGUCUGUUGCUAGAGGUCAACCGGGGGCUCAUUGAAAAAGCGAUGUUUGAGUCAGGCGGACAUUUACUGCCACUGGAUCUGGAUAGAUCGCCAGGAGUGCAGAAAAGGAUAUGGGAGAUAGACAGCUGGUCAAAGUGGCUCGAGGGUCUGAGAGAGCCUGAGUCAGGCGAUUCGCACGAUGGCGCUCACGGUAGCGUGACACGAGAAGUUAUUGCUGGGGCGCUCAAGGACGAGAGCAUCGUGGACAGGCUGGAGGAAUGCUUCCCGUGCAGGCCAGGUCUCGUCGAGGACGAGCUACCGACUCGAUGA